CAACUGGCGGCUUGCGUUUGCCAGGGGGUGACCCGCUGGAGCGAUGUGCAAGCUCUGCUAGAGAAAGGGACCUUCAUGCCAGAGCACCGGAUCCUCCUCAUCCUCCAUGGCAUCUGCUGUGGGCUGCAAGCCAUCCACAGCAAGGGCUAUGCACACAGGGACCUCAAGCCCACCAACGUGCUGCUGGAUGAGGAUGACCGGCCUGUGCUGAUGGACCUGGGCUCCAUGAACCAAGCUCGCAUUGAAGUCAACAGCUCUCGGGAGGCCAUGGCCGUGCAGGACUGGGCUGCCCAGCGUUGCACCAUCUCCUACCGUGCCCCCGAGCUCUUUACGGUGCCGAGCCAGUGUUUUGAGCGCACCGAUAUCUGGUCCCUAGGCUGUGUGCUGUACUGCAUGAUGUAUGGGGAGGGCCCCUACGAUGCCAUCUUCCAGAAGGGUGACAGCGUGGCUCUGGCGGUGCAGAACCCCAUCGCCAUACCCUCCACAACCAGGUGA